AAAUGCGACUUCCGCUGGGGUCCUUUGGAAAUCCCUUAUGAGUUGCUGUAUUUCUUCAGCCAAAUUCCGGUGGCUAACGUGAGUUAGUUCUGCCGUAGAUGCUAUCGAAAAAGACGUGGACGUUUGGAAAUUGGUCAUUUAGUUAACAUAUGAUAGAAAACGUCAUUAGAAUGAAUGGGGCAGCAUACUCAAACUUUGACAAUCAAGAACAUGUCCUCAAAUUAGGCGAAACUUUCGAGAAACAACCAAAAAGUGCUUUCCAUACGGUACGAUAUGACUUCAAACCAGCAUCCAUAGACACAACAUGUGAGGGGGAUCUGGAAGUUGGAAAGGGAGAACAAGUCACUAUAACAUUGCCUAACUUGGAGGGAUCCACUGCUCCAGUUACAGUGUUUAAAGGGUCCAAAAGGCCUUAUAUGAAGGAGUGCAUUCUUAUUGUAAACCAUGACACAGGAGAAUAUCGUCUGGAGAAGCUUAGUAGCAAUAUAUCGGUCAAAAAGACAAGAGCGGAGGGCAGCAGUAAGAUCCAGUCACGUCUGGAGCAGCAGACCACUAGGCUCAGUCAGCAAAUGAAGAGUGGCAAUGGAGGGAAAGCCCCAAACAAUUCCAAGAGCUCCCCUGCUAAAGAAAAAAUGUCUCCUGCUUCCCCCAUGGAUGACAUUGAGAGAGAAUUGAUGGCUGAGGCACGAGUGAUGGAUCAGAUGAGCAGCGGCGAAAGCUCCUCGGACUCUCGAAGCUCCUCCUCAUCUAGCAGUGAGGACAGCUCGAGCAGCAGCGAUUCUGAAGACGAAACUCAGCCUUCGUCAUGCAGAUCUCACACAGUGCCUGUGUCCACCCACAGCAUGCCCAUCCUCACCUCGCAGGAGCGCUCGGAGGAGGGUGGUGGACACCUCAUGAACACACUCAAAAACGAUCUUCAGCUGAGUGAAUCUGGCAGUGAGAGUGAUGAUGACUGAGAGGACUUAAGGUACACUCCUUGUCAUGGAACUGAGAGCUGGGGAGCUGAGGUUAUCAGGACCUGCCCGGUCACUUACACUGUGAUAUGGGGAUUUUUAAUCAUCUAUCAACCUUUAAUUAUUAAGCAUUUUCUUUCUUCAGAGCAGCAGUGUUCUGUCACCCCCCCGACAUACUGUGUGGUUGACCGUUUAAAAGCUGUGAAAAAUUUCCAUGAAUUUAAUUAUUUAUUUUCUUAAAUGAAACUGUGUAGAACCUGUUUCUAAAGGUUCUGGGGUUCUUUCCCCCCCCCCCCCCGAAACAGUUACUUCCACUCACAAUGAGUAUGGGUGCCAAAGGUGCAAGAGAAUAUCACUUCGUCUUAUAUAAUGCCAGAGCAGCAUAUAAUUUUGAGGUCAUUCAUUGUACAUUACAGUCUGUAAUAAUUGCAAUCUCAUAUUCAGCAGUUUUUGCUUAUAGCCUGCAAUACUUGAACGUGUCUAUCAUAAUCAGUUAUUCUAAGAAGGUUGCUCAAAGCAGUUUUAGUGCUGUAACUUGUAGAUUGAAGGUGCUUUUGAUCAGAAAAGUAAGCCAGGCUGCUUAUUAUAUAAUUAAAGUGUAAAAUGAAUGUUUUCUGCUAUUCACUACACUCAUCUGUGCCUUGCUUUGGUUUCUUAUGUGAUGAAGCAACAUUGAGAGGUCAAAGAUGCCUGUAGUCAAAUCUGCACAAAUAGGAUAAGACAAAUACUUCUACAAAUAGUGCUUGAACAUUAAAGGUGUGUAGAACAAUAAAAUAGUCUUCUGCUUUUAUUUGGAUCUUGUCUAUUUAUUUUAGGUAUUUUAAAUAAUUGACAAAGUGACUUGAUACCAGGGGAGGAUUUAGUGAUUUGGGGGUCCUAGGAAAAAUGUAGGAAUGGGACUCUCAUUUCAGUGUUUUAACAUCGAUAUUUAAAUAACCUACGUUAUUCAGAAUUAGUAGCAAUAAUCAGGGGUGAACUGGGACCAAAAAGUGGCCCUGGACUUUCUGGCUCUGAGCGGAUCAGCACACCGACUCAUUGAUGCUUAGAGCAACUUUUAACACCAGUUACUAGCAUAAAAACACAACACAAUACAGAAACAUACAUGCUAUUUAAAACAUUUUUAUUUGAAGUAGCACUGAACAAAUAUCAAGUCAUAUUUGUAAACUAGGCAAACAGAAGAACAGUGUUACAAAGAAUAUAAAACAAUAAAGACGGAUGUUAGCUAGUCGGGGGCAACAUCUGGGUGCGGUGUAGGAGAGCUGCACCACUCAGCUGUACAACUCCUGAAUCAGGACUGAAAUCUUAUAUUUUAACACUAACAUCAAUCCACAGCUAAUCAUUUUACACCCAAAAAAAUAGACCACUACUACUAUGACUACUGCUAUAAUAAUAAUCAUAAUGAAUUAUUUUCUAAUAUGAAAGUAAUUUUGAUAUUAGGCUUAUAUUAAUGAAUAAGUCUUUCACUACAACCACUAACCAAGAGCAAACAAUG